CUAUUCACUAGAUUAUAUUCCAGACAUUCUGCAGCAUCCCAUUUGAGGACAGAGAUCUACAGGAGAACAGGUCAAAAUGUGGCUGUUUAUAGCAGCAGCAUGCUUAAUCCAAGAAGUUACAGUUUCAGAAGGACUCAUAACCAACAGACAUUUGAAUCCUCAAGAAUUCAUGACUAUCGGUGAAAUCAUCCAAUAUUGGGGAUACUGCAAUGAAGAAUAUGAAAUCUUGACAGAGGAUGGUUAUUACCUGCAAAUAAACAGAAUUCCUUAUGGAAUACAUAGUCCUGGAAAGAAAGGGCCUAAGCCAGCAGUCUUACUUGUACAUGGUUUAAUGAUGGAAGGUAGACUGUGGCUCGCAAAUCUUCCUAGAAAUAGCUUGGGAUUUGUCCUGGCAGAUGCUGGUUAUGAUGUAUGGAUAUUAAAUAUUAGAGGUUCGACCUGGUCUAGAAGACACCAGACUCUUUCAAUUGACCAGGAAAAAUUUUGGGAUUUCAGUUUUCAUGAAAUGGGGAUAUAUGAUAUUCCAGCAGCAAUAAACUUUAUCCUGCGGAAAACUCAGCAAGAAGGAUUGUAUUAUAUUGGCUUUUCUCAAGGAGGUACAAUAGGUUUCAUUUCCUUCUCCACCAUGCCAGAUCUUGCUCAAAAAGUCAAGCUCUUCAUCACCCUAAGUCCUGGCUAUUCACUUACAAAUAGCAGUGGGCUUCUUUUUGGAGUUGUACUAAUUCCCGAGGGAGUAAGAAAACUUAUAUGGGGCAACAGGGAAUACUGUAUUUUUAGCAACAAACUAAAAAACAGCAUUGCCAAAUUCUGCAGCUGCACAGUAAUGGACAGGCUUUGUCUCCAGUUAAUUUCCCUUUGUUUUGGAAAUAAUGAGAAAAAUCUAAACGUGAGUCGAGCGGAUGUAUAUCUUGGAAUCUACCCUGAUUUUACUUCUGUAAAAACAAUAUCUCACUGGGGACAGAUAGCUAUUUCAAAUGAAUUUAAAUAUUUCGACUAUGGAUCUAAGAAUCGAGAUAUAUACAACAUGAACACGCCUCCAUUUUAUAGAAUAGAAGAUAUGACUGUGCCAACAGCUGUAUGGAGUGCUGGGGAGGACAUUGCUGUAGAUGAAACAGAUACAGAACUAUUGCUACCACGAAUCAGAAACUUAAUUUUCUAUAAGAAUAUUCCUGACUGGCAACAUAUGGAUUAUGUCUGGGGUCUUGAUGCUCCUCAGUGCCUAUAUCCAGAUAUCCUUGGUCUAAUGCAGAAGUACAAAUAAAGACUUAGUAUGAAAUCUAAAUUGCAUAUAUUCUAUGUAAACAUGGACACUUUGUUUUAAUUCUCUUACUCAUAUGGCAUCUUAGGGCUGUUUUUUAAAAUGCUUUCUGUAAGUCAUCAGGUGUAGUGACAGAACUGAUGUGGAAUUAAUUGUCUAUGCAAUGCAAAAGGAACCUUCUUGAUGUGGAAUUAAUUGACUAUGCAAUGCAAAAGGAACCUUCUUCUUCUGCACAGAUGGACCUGUCUUUCUCCUUCUGUUAAUGCAGGUAACUGUGGGCCUCUCUAUGAGUGACAUCCUCCAUGAGUUCAUGUACAUGUUGUCUGCUUGUUCUUCAGCACUACACAUGUCUGUGCAGUCCACUAUGUAUGGCUGCGCUUCCCUGAGUUCACUUAGACAAUUAUAGAUUCCUUAGUAUAUGGCAUCCUUUUGCCUUUCAGAUCACAAGCUGCAAUCAGCCUGAAACAAUUAAAAAACUGAGCUUGUAAAAAUCCAAAAAGAAGUGGGGGGAGGAGGAAAGGGCAUCUGGGUGGGGAAGAGGAGGCAUAGAGAGACAGAUGCCUACACUAGAGAUGGGCACGAGCUGGGGAAAAAACCUGAACCAUGUGGUUUGUGGUUUGUCAAAUUUCAUGAACCAUGAACAUUCACGAACCUGCCCCUGGUUCACGAACCAGUUCGUUUGUUUCAUGAAAAUGUCACAUCCAGGUCAGAAAAUCAUCACUUCUGGGCCAGCAGAAGGUCACUUCCGUGCCAGCAAAAGUUCACUUCCGGGUCAGCAGAAGGUCUGCAGGAAGUCCAUCCCCUGUUGCCUAGGAAGCUGAUUGAUUGGCACCAGGCUGUCAUCAGUGAUGAACCAAAAAAUGAACCAAACGAACCAGCCUAAAGUUCAUGGCGGUUCGUCAGAAAUGGGAUCUGACAAACCUUGGUUCAUGAACCACAACCCAGCCUGGUUCAACCCAUCCCCAUGCAAUCUUUAAGCACAGAUUCAUAGCUUGUGAGAAUGAUUUUGAUUAUUGUUUAAAACAAAAGCCUGAAGAAAGAGACAAAAAAGAGAAAUCUCUCACCCCAGAUUUUCAAUGAAAGCAAGAACAAAGAAAAUA